AUGUCUGACGAGGAAGUUGAACACGUCGAGGAAGAGGCCCAGGAGGAAGCGCCCCCCUCGCCUGCAGAAGCCCAUGAGGUCCACGAGGAAGUCCAUGAAGUUCAUGAACCAGAGGAAGUCCAGGAAGAGGAGAAGCCAAGACUCAAACUCACUGCUCCUAAGAUCCCGGAAGGGGAGAAAGUAGACUUCGAUGACAUCCAGAAGAAGCGGCAGAACAAAGACCUCAUGGAGUUGCAGGCUCUCAUCGACAGCCACUUCGAGGCCCGGAAGAAGGAGGAAGAGGAGCUGGUCGCGCUCAAGGAGAGAAUCGAGAAGCGCCGUGCGGAGAGAGCUGAACAGCAGAGGAUCCGGGCCGAGAGGGAGAGGGAGCGCCAGAACAGGCUGGCGGAGGAGAAAGCCCGGCGGGAGGAAGAGGACGCCAAGAGGAAGGCCGAGGACGACCUGAAGAAGAAGAAGGCCCUGUCCUCCAUGGGCGUCAACUACAGCAGCUACCUGGCCAAGGCUGACCAGAAGAGAGGCAAGAAGCAGACGGCCCGGGAGAUGAAGAAGAAAGCCCUGGCCGAGCGGCGGAAGCCCCUCAACAUCGACCACCUCAGCGAGGAGAAGCUCACGGACAAGGCCAAGGAGCUCUGGGAAACCCUGUACCAGCUGGAGACCAACAAGUUUGAGUACGCGGAGAAGCUGAAGCGCCAGAAAUACGAAAUUACCAACCUCAGGAGCCGCAUCGACCAGGCCCAGAAGCACAGCAAGAAGGCCGGGACCACGGCCAAGGGCAAAGUCGGCGGGCGCUGGAAGUAAAGCAGCCGAAGAAGUUCCCAG